CGUCACGUGAUGGCGCCCACUCAUAUCCAGUCCACGAACAACACGCUCCGACUUCCAUAGUUCGUAAACUGCUGAGCCUAAAGUCCUCUAAACACAACUAUAUUGUUCAACACAGUAGCCCAGAAAAUGUUUUAGCUUCUUCGGUGAGGAAACAACGGAGGGAAGGGAAAAUGUACCGGAGUGUCCUGCUCGUCAUCUUCACAGUCAGCUGUGGGUGUUCAUCUUCUCCUGGGGUGUCGUCAGAGAGAUCCUUCACUAUAGACUACAAAAACAACUGUUUCCUGAAAGAUGGGAAGCCCUUUCAGUACAUCUCAGGUAGUAUCCACUACUCUAGAGUCCCACGCUUCUACUGGAAGGAUCGGCUGCUCAAGAUGUACAUGACUGGCCUUAACGCCAUCCAAGUAUAUGUGCCCUGGAAUUUCCAUGAAACACUUGAAGGGAUCCAUAACUUUUCAGGAGACAGGGAUUUGGAGCAUUUCUUGGAUCUGGCCAAUCAGACAGGUCUUUUGGUUAUCCUGCGCCCGGGCCCGUACAUCUGUGCCGAAUGGGAGAUGGGGGGUCUGCCGGCUUGGUUGCUUAAAAAGACAAACAUUGUACUACGUUCUUCUGCUGCAGAUUAUUUACAGGCAGUUACUAAUUGGUUUGCUGUUCUCCUCCCCAAACUGAAGCCUUGGCUGUAUGUGCAUGGUGGAAACAUCAUUAGUGUCCAGGUUGAAAACGAGUAUGGAAGCUACUACGCUUGUGAUUACAACUACCUGCGUCAACUGCGGACUCUUCUGCUAGUAUUCUUGGGUGAAAACACCAUCCUUUUCACCACUGAUGGAAACACAGACCGAGAAAUGCGAUGUGGGACCCUGGGAGGGUUGUAUGCCACUGUGGACUUUGGCACAGGCGACAACAUAACUGAAGCCUUCGGACGACAGAGACAGUUUGAACCUCAGGGUCCACUGGUAAAUUCAGAGUUCUACACUGGCUGGUUGGAUCACUGGGGAGAUCAGCAUGCUAAUGUUGAUACUCAGAGGGUCAGCAGAGGGUUAGCAGAGAUGCUAACCAUGGGGGCUAACGUCAACAUGUAUAUGUUUGAAGGCGGCACCAACUUUGGCUAUUGGAAUGGUGCAGAUCACGACACCAGAUUCCGUCCUGUGGUGACCAGUUACGAUUAUGACGCCCCGCUCACAGAGGCAGGGGACCCCACUGACAAGCUGUUGGCCAUCCGAGACGUCAUCAAACUGUAUAAAGCUAUUCCCCUCGGACCAAUGCCACCUGCAACUCCCAAAUUUGCCUACGGUUUAGUGACACUAAAAAAGGUGGGCAACAUCAGCAGCUUGAUGGACACGCUUUCCCCCAUGGGGCCUGUUCAGUCUCAGUACCCUUUGACCUUUGAGGAUAUCAAACAGUUCUAUGGAUACAUGCUGUAUCAGACCACGCUGCCCAGGGACCUCUCAGAACCCACGCCGCUCAUCUCCCCGAUGAAUGGGGUUCAUGACCGUGCGUAUGUGUCCGUCAAUGGGCGUUUCCAGGGUCUCUUGGAGAGAGACACCGUACUGGUGAUGAAUGUCACUGGACGACAGGGGGACAUUGUGGACAUCCUCGUGGAGAACAUGGGCAGAGUUAACUUUGGCAGCCAUAUUAAUGACUACAAAGGGAUUCUGGGUAACUUGAUCUUGGGUCAAGAUGUACUAAAUGACUGGAAGAUGUAUCCUUUGGACAUUGAUGGAGCCAUUGCAGCUGGAUGGCCUCAUUCGCUGAACAAAGAGAGCCUCCUCAACCUUAAAGGGGGGCUGUCUGUCGGGCCCACUUUCUUCAUGGGAACAUUGCAGCCUAAUGGUGUAGCGUGGGACACCUUUCUCAGGCUUACAGAUUGGACAAAGGGUCAGGUUUGGAUUAACGGUGUAAAUCUGGGGCGGUACUGGCCAGCCAGAGGUCCACAACAUACCCUUUAUGUACCCGGACCCAUGCUCAGCACCACCGUGCCCAACAACAUUACAGUGUUAGAGCUGGAGGGGGCGCCAGCACAUUUAAGGGUGCUCUUCAUGGACAGACCUCUGCUCAAAGUUCCAGAUAAUAAAUUAUGAUGCUGGAGUUUCGAAGACUGACGUGAGACGAUGCGAUUUACUAUUACCGCAUUAGAGCCACACAGAAAAAAAAGAUAUUACACGAUCAAUUAAUUGCAAGUCUACAGUAUAUACAGUCCCGAUCAUAAGUUUACAUACACUUGUAAAGAACAUAAUGUCAUGGCUGUCUUGAGUUUCCAAUCAUUUCUACAACUCUUAUUUUUUUGUGAUAGAGUGAUUGGAGCACAUACUUGUUGGUCACAAAAAACAUUCAUGAAGUUUGGUUCUUUUAUGAAUACAUUAUGGGUCUACUGAAAAUGUGACCAAAUCUGCUGGGUCAAAAGUAUACAUACAGCAAUGUUAAUAUUUGCUUACAUGUCCCUUGGCAAGUUUCACUGCAAUAAGGCGCUUUUGGUAGCCAUCCACAAGCUUCUGGUUGAAUUUUUGACCACUCCUCUUGACAAAAUUGGUGCAGUUCAGCUAAAUGUGUUGGUUUUCUGACAUGGACUUGUUUCUUCAGCAUUGUCCACACGUUUAGUCAGGACUUUGGGAAGGCCAUUGUAAAACCUUAAUUCUAGCCUGAUUUAGCCAUUCCUUUACCACUUUUGACGUGUGUUUGGGGUCAUUGUCCUGUUGGAACACCCAACUGUGCCCAAGACCCAACCUUCGGGCUGGUGAUUUUAGGUUGUCCUGAAGAAUUUGGAGGUAAUCCUCCUUUUUCAUUUUCCCAUUUAAAGCACCAGUUCCAUUGGCAGCAAAAAAAAGCCCAGAACAUAAUUCUACCACCACCAUGCUUGACGGUGGGAAUGGUGUUCCUGGGAUUAAAGGCCUCACCUUUUCUCCUCCAAACAUAUUACUGGGUAUUGUGGCCAAACAGCUCAAUUUUGGUUUCAUCUGACAUCAUAUGGAUAAAGAUAAGACCUUCUGGAGGAAAGUUCUGUGGUCAGUAUGUAAACUUUUGAUCACGACUGUACAUGCUGCUAGCCUCAAGAUGGUUUUGUUCCGUGAUGGAAUUUUGACAUUUCACUCAAUGAAAAUAUAACUUUAUUCUUAUUUCCCUCUACCCAUAUUAACACAACUAUUCUUAUAACAUGAUUUUUCUGAUCCAGUUCCUGUAAUAUUUUUGAGAGAUUACUUUUUUAAUUUUUAAAUGAGACAGCCUGGGCACCUUUCCAGUCCAACAGUGAUAUAUAAUGGCUAUUUAGAAUGUGCUCAAAAAGGGUAAGAGUGAAUGUUUAUAUUGCAGAUGCUAUUUAAAUAAGCACUUUCUGUGAUCUACAAAGAUCCAUAAUCCAUCAUACUUUUCCUUUUUAGACAAUGGAAAACAGCCAUUUUAAAAGUCCUAUUAAGGGUACCUUCCUGU